CACAUAUCGCAUCAACUAAUCUUAAUCAAUCACCAUCAUAUCCUUCAACUUCAUGGCAAUCAUCUUCUCUAAGGUUGGCAUUAUCGGAGGUGGCAUAAGUGGGUUAGCCGCCGCUAAACAGCUUUCCAAACACAACCCAAUGGUGUUUGAGGCCACCGAUUCUAUCGGUGGUGUUUGGAAGCACUGCACCUUCAGAACAACCAAACUUCAAACACCUCGUUGUGACUAUCAAUUCUCCGAUUACCCUUGGCCACAAACAGAUGAUAACUCCAGUUUCCCAUCUUAUUCUGAGAUUCUUGAUUAUCUCGACUCUUAUGCCAAACACUUUGAUUUAUUCAAGUUUAUCAACUUCAAUUCAAAGGUCACUGAAAUCAAGUUCGUAGGUGACCACGAAACCAUGGCUUAUCAAAGUUUGAUGUCUGGAAAACCCAUGUGGGAAGUUGCUGUUUAUAAUACCAACUCUGACACCAUUCAGUGGUAUGCAUUUGAGUUUAUUGUGGUGUGUACUGGGAAAUAUGGAGAUAUACCCAUAAUACCAAAGUUUCCUAUGAAGAAAGGCCCAGAAGUAUUUAAAGGGAAGGUGAUGCAUUCUCAAGAUUACAGCAAACUGAACACACAAGAAUCUACACAGCUUCUGAAAGGAAAGAAGGUUGUGGUUGUGGGCUACAAAAAAUCUGCCAUUGAUCUUGCUGUUGAAUGUGCUGAAGCUAAUCAAGAGGAAGAAGGGAAAGCUUGCACAAUGGUGGUGAGGACUCUCCAUUGGACUGUUCCACAUUACUCGAUCUGGGGUUUACCAUUCUACUUAUUCUACUCCACAAGAUUUUCUCAAUUCUUCCAUCAAAGACCCAACCAAGGCAUCUUCAGAGACCUUCUUUGCAGCCUAAUUUCCCCUAUGAGAAAAACAACAUCCAAGAUGAUCGAAUCUUACCUUCUAUGGAAGCUUCCACUCAUCAAGUACGGAUUAAAACCAGAACACCCAUUUGAGGAAGACUACGCAUCAUGCCAAAUGGCAAUCUUGCCUGAAAAAUUCUUCCCUGAAGUCGAAAAGGGCAAAAUCAAUUUUAAAAAAACAUCCAACUGGUGGUUUUGGGAAGGUGGUGUUGAAUUCGAUGACAACACCAAAUUAGACGCCGAUCUUGUGAUUCUUGCCACUGGUUAUGAUGGCAAAAAGAAGCUCAAAGACAUCUUACCUGAACCCUUCAAAAGUUUCCUUCAAUUCCCAUCUGGCAUGCUUCCUUUAUAUAGGGGGACGAUUCAUCCUUUAAUUCCAAACAUGGCGUUCAUAGGCUAUGUGGAAAGUGUCUCAAAUCUUCACACUUCAGAGAUUCGAUGCAAAUGGUUAGCUAAUUUGGUUGAUGAUAAGUUUGAGCUACCUUCUACAGAGAAGAUGCUCGAACAGAUAACCACAGAAAUGGAGAUAAUGAAGAAAUCCACAAGGUUUUACAAGAGGACAUGCAUAUCUACUUAUAGCAUCAAUCACACUGAUGAAAUAUGUCAAGAAAUGGGAUGGAAUUCUUGGAGGAAGAAGAACUGGUUAGCUGAAGCAUUUAGCCCUUACAACAGUCAAGACUAUGAACAUGACAUCUGA